CCUAAUUUCCCCUAAAUUCCCAAAAUCUGAAAUCCCAAAAUUCCCAAUUCGGUAAUCCUCGGGCCUGCUCGUUGGUCUCCGCGACUCCUGUCACUCCGCCAGUCAGCCGCCGGUCGCUCCGGACGCCGGUUGGUCACUGUUGUUAGGAUAGAACAAACGAGGAAACUUCAAUCAUUGAGGAAGAACACACCAUCAUUUACACGAAGAAUUAGAAAUCUGGAAACAGAUGGUCUGUACUCUACUACUAACUAAUCUGUAAUUGCAGCAAGAUUCCCGGGACGAAGACAAAGAAAACAGGAAGUUUGUGAAUUGUUCAUGAGUUUGUGACAAUGGAAUUCUCAAGGGUGUAUUUCCACAAUUUUCAUUGAAAUUUUACUUCUUAGCAUUAAUUCCUACCUCUGCCCCUGUCCGCACCCUCACUCCGCUCCGUCUCUGGAACUAGUAUGAACGAAACGCCAAAUUCUUCCGCUUCCUAAAUUUGCGACGGAAUUCAAAAAAUUGGGUGAAAAUGUCGGUUAUGAUAGUGACGAGCUUGGGAGACAUAGUGAUGGAUUUAUACACAGAUCGCUGCCCCUUGACCUGCAAAAAUUUUCUCAAGCUUUGCAAGAUUAAAUAUUACAAUGGCUGCCUCUUCCACACGGUACAAAAAGAUUUCACUGCCCAGACAGGUGAUCCUACUGGAACAGGAUCAGGUGGCGAUUCUGUAUACAAAUUCCUGUAUGGUGAUCAGGCUCGCUUUUUUGGGGAUGAAAUUCAUUUGGAUGUAAAACAUUCAAAGAUUGGUACUGUUUCCAUGGCUAGUGCUGGAGAGAAUCUUAAUGCGUCCCAGUUCUACAUCACACUGCGUGAUGACCUCGAGUAUCUUGAUGGAAAGCACACUGUAUUUGGGGAGGUUGCGGAAGGUCUAGAUACGCUUACCAGAAUAAAUGAAGCCUAUGUGGAUGCAAAGGGCAGGCCUUACAAAAAUAUUAGAAUCAAGCACACGUACAUAUUGGAUGAUCCUUUUGAUGAUCCUCCCCAACUAGCUGAGUUCAUUCCUGAUGCUUCACCUGAAGGAAAACCAAAAGAUGAGGAUGAGGACUUGCACACAAUAUUUUCACGCUUCGGAACUGUAACUUCUGCAGAAGUUAUCCGAGAUUACAAAACCGGAGAUAGUUUGUGCUAUGCUUUUAUUGAAUUCGAGGACAAAGAAGCCUGUGAACAGGCAUAUUUUAAGAUGGAUAAUGCUCUUAUUGAUGAUCGAAGGAUUCACGUUGAUUUUAGUCAAAGUGUUGCAAAACUAUGGUCCCAGUAUAGACGCAAAGGCCAAGCGGGUAAAGGAGGAGGUUGCUUCAAAUGCGGUUCUCUUGAUCAUGUUGCUAAAGACUGCACUGGGGAUCCUACCAUCCAGCAGCAACAUUCCAAGUACAUAUUGAAGGAUGUUAACACUCAACAUGGUGGAGACGAUAAUACAAGGUUUGAAAUGGUAUUUGAUGAAGAUCCUACUGGAAGUCCCAGACAAAGUAAAACGAGAAGAGACCAUAAAGCUGAAAAUCAUGAUCAGAAACAACAUAUGAAAUGGGGAAAUUCUUUUGACCGCAAAAAUCAUGACGACAGAAAAAGAGGUUCACAUGACUUGCACAGGAGGGAAAGAAACAAAGAUCACGAGGAAGAUGAGAGGCAUGUACGGCGUCGGAUGAGCCCAUAUGGGGGAAGAGAGAGAGAUUACCCAGCAAAAGAAGCAUGGGAUCGUGGAAGAAAAGCUGAUGGCGCUGGCAGCAGGAGCAGGGCAGAUGAGGAAAAUUAUAAGAGAAGACGCGCUGAUGUUGGCCAUAUGGAUAAGGGGGAGAAGCAUGACUAUGAAAAGAGCCAUGCAGAGGCUAGUCAUAGAUACAAGCAGGGUGAGGGAGAGUACAAAGAGAGGCAUGCAGAUGUUGGGCGUGGAGACAGGAAUAACGGAAGAGAUUCUAAAAGGAGGACUGCUGAUGAUGAUCUUCGGGGGAGCCACCGGGACGAAGUGACCUAUGAUAACAGUAGACGGGGCAUCAGAGGAGAGUCAAAUAACAGAAUGAUGCAUGAUGAUCACAAACGAAGAGGUGAAAAACCGUUUGCUGAUACAAGAAGGUCUAAUGAUGACCGCAUCCGUGACCAUGAUCGUGAUCGUGGCAGAAAGAACUGAAUUUCUUAAACGAUUUGGUUGGACUUAUGUAGCGAUAUGAUGUUUGAUUCUAGGCACUUAACUUAUGAGUCCACCCACUUGCCUUGUUCUGUUUAUUUGGUAUUACAUAAACUGCAGGAGUCUGCAUGCUCCCGCAGUGUGGAAUGGCACACAGAAUAUUUCCAGAUUAUCAGAUCUCACUGGGGAAAGGGGGAGCUGAAGAUUAGUACAAAUAGUUAAACUAGUUUCUGCUUCUGGAUCUCUUGAAAUCCUUGAAUUCGAGUAAUUUAAAACAGUACGGAUGAAAAUUGGAAAAUCUCAAUGAUCCUUCUAACAUUUGUUUGUUAGUUUCCUUUCAGUAUUAAUUGGGUCAUGGAUGUACAUCAUUGCAUGUUCUAUUCCAACGUGCACAUGCUUAUGUAAAGAUGUGUGAAUCUAAUUUGUAAUUCUGGUUUUAACGUCUGAUAAGAAUUUUAUUGAUACCGAACUGCCUUGUUAAUGCCUAUCAAGUUUGUUAGGAUU